UUGACGGCUGUACGGACUGGUCGGUGGACUACCUGAAGUACCGUGUGUUGAAGGGGGAGCCGGUGAGGCUGAAGUGUGCCCUGUUCUACGGCUACAUCAGAGCCAACUACAGCCAGGCUCAGAGCGUCGGCCUCAGCCUCAUGUGGUACCGCAGCUCUGGCCUGGGCCACGGAGACUUUGAGGAGCCCAUCUCCUUCAACGGCGUGCACAUGAGCAAGGAGGAGGACGCCAUCUGGUUCAGACCGGCCGACCUGCAGGACGUGGGCCUCUACUCCUGUGUGCUACGGAAUUCAAGCUACUGUAUGAAGGUAUCCAUGUCUCUUUAUGUGGCUGAGAAUGACACAGACCUGUGCUACAACUCUGUGAUGAGACACAUGGAGAAGGCGGAACUCAGCAAGAGCAAAGACAUCACCUGUCCAGACAUAGAGGACUACACAGAACCUGGGAAAGACCCCUAUAUCACCUGGUUCAAGGAUUAA